GUCCCAGCUUCGUCUUGGCGCCGCCAAAAAGUUGACCACGGACUUGAUUGCCAUCCCAUCGCGCGACCUCAGAUCCCCAAGCCAACAUCGAACGAGUCGGCCAGCCCGGCUUUCCGCUCAUUUGACAAAUCAUGAUACUCCGGCGACCCACCCUCCGCGACCUCACAGCGGCCCUCUCCUCCACCACCUUCAAGACCUGCAUCCGCCCUCUCCACUACAAUAUCCCCAUCCGCCCGGUCCCCAAAGCCAUCCCCUUCAUCCCAGACCACAUCGCCUUCCUCACAGCCAUCGGCCGCGGCCUCUCCGCCCACGCCGCAAAGAUCCCCUCCUGGGACGCCCUCUUCACCCUGACCUCUCGCCAACUGAAGGAACUCGGCAUCGAGCCCGCGCGCAGUCGGAAAUACCUGCUCAGGUGGCGCGAACGGUACUGCAACGGCGAUUUCGGCAUCGGGGGCGAUUGCAAGUAUGUAAAGGAUGGAGUCGCGGAAUUGAAACUCGUCGAGGCGCCCGUCGCGCCGAACCCCUAUACUGGAAAGAUGUCGCCCCGUUCGGCGACGGCGACCGCAACGCAUGAUCCCGGAACGAGGAAGGUGGUUGUGAAUGUGCCCGCCGGGGCCGAGGAUCCUGUGGAGCCGCUGGAAGGGAUCGAGGGUGUCAAGGGUGUGGUGGUCAAGAGAGGUAACACGAUCAAGGGGUCAUACGUAAAGUUGGUGAAGGGGUCGCAGGGGCUUAGGGCGAGGAUACAGCUGCGGGAGGGCAUUUGGGAGCUAAAGAGGGGCCAGAGGGUGGAUGGUGGUGAGAGGAGGAAGAAGGAGGUUAGAGCGAAGAGGAGGGCGGCGGAGAAUAAGGCGAAAGCGAGAUAGAUGGAUUUCGGGAGAUAACAUGUAUCAUUAUGGCUGUUGUACCGC